AUGGGUGACGCACCAGCACUUCCCGAUUACGUCCUUGACGCCGAUGCAGUCCUAAAAGAUACGGAGGCCGCUUGGCGACAUGGCCGGGUGCCAAAUUAUUCAAAGACCCGAGAAUUUUAUGAGCAGACUAAAACAAUGACACACGAGGCCGGAAGCCUUCCAGACCUGGUUGAAAAACUCGUCAAAAAUUGGGAAAUCGAAGCCUCAUUCAAGACCUCCCUCGCCGACUGGAGGACCGUCGAUCAGAAGACAUAUACUUUUUCGUUAAACGGAGGCCCACCGCAAACAGGCGAGCAUAUGCUCAAGGUCGGAACGUACAAUGCCCUCCUGACCCCAAGCUCGUACUAUGAUCCAGCACACAACGAUUUCGAUACAAGUCACAAGGCAUUCAAGCGCAUGAUGCCUACAUUUGCCUGGGAGGUGAAAGAAGUAUACAGCGGACCGCCGACAGUGGUCUUCAAGUGGAGACAUUGGGGUGUUAUGGCUAAUGAUUAUGUGGGAUUUAAUGAUCGUGGAGAGAAGGUCAGGGUCAAGGCACAUGGCGGCCUGAUUGAUAUUCAGGGUAUUGUUAUCGCCAAAGUGAAUGAGAAGCUCGAACUGGAAAGGAUUGACGUUUGGUAUGAUCCCUUGGACAUGUUUCGCCAGAUUGCCCGUGAAAACACGGAAGCUGUUGCCGACACGACCUCAGUGACUGGGGGUUGUCCGUUUUCUGGAGCUGCGAAUCCCUCAUCCUCUGAAUGA